CCAGAAUGCUUUGGAGAGACAGGUGCCAGUUCUUCCAACUAGCGUUAAAUCAGUCGAAAAUCGAUAAAGCAGAUCUAGUUCGUUUGAGGUCACUGCUCUUAGUAGGGGAAUCUGGAAUAGGUAAAUCCACCGCAAUCGCCAUUGCUGCCAAACACUACAACCUCAAUGUAUUACAAGCUUCCAUUGGAAGCUUAGUCCUGGAGUACCCAAAUCAACUGGAAAAAGGCAUCACACAGCUUCUGAAUCGUGCUCGAGAGCUGGAUCGAAGUAUAGUAAUUCUGGACAAUAUUGAGUUAAUGUUUCCAAAGUCUGGUCUGUCCGACAUCCAGCUGAGACUACAAGUGCUAGAUCAAUUGCAGAAUGAUCAGGAUAAUGAACCAAUAAUUGUUGGGUGCUGCAUUGAUUUGGCUUCACUGGACCAUGGAAUCAAGAAAUCUUUCGAUGAUGUGUUACAAUUUGAGAUCCCAACGCCAGAGGAAAGGUUCCAUCUAUUCCGUAAUAUUGGAUCACUGUUCCAAUUUUCUCCAACGCUUGAUUCGAAAGCCAUAGCAGAUCGACUUCACAGCUAUAAAUUAGCCGACGUGUACAAGCUAGUACGGAUAGCAGAUGAAGCUCGGUGUAGAGAGAGCCGUAAUUUAAUAACCGAGGAAGAUCUGAUUGAAUCAAUUCAAAAUAUUCAUGCUAUUGGACCUGGGGUAGGACGAACAGCGGAGCAGCCUGAAGCUAUCAAAUGGUCAGAUAUAGGAGGUCUGGAAAAGGCGAAAAGCGCCUUAAUGGAGUGUACAUCCUGGAUGCACAACAAUCAAGUAGCGUACGAACGGCUCGGUGGAUCGCCGACAACUGGUGUUUUGCUAUUUGGGCCGCCAGGAACUGGAAAAACACUCCUGGCAAAGGCAAUUGCCAAUGAGUGCUCGGCUAACUUUUUGGCAAUCAGCAUACCCGAGCUUAUCAAAGGCGAAGUCGGUGAAUCGGAGAAAGCGGUUGCUAGAGUAUUCUCCACUGCUAGGCGCUGUAACCCAUGCGUUAUAUUUUUUGAUGAAUUGGAGGCUAUUUUUGGAUCUAGAGAAGCCACCGGUAACCUGGCUAAUAAGCUUAUAUCUCAGUUAAUGAUGGAACUUGACAAUCUGAGCCAAGGAAAAGAGAGAGUAUUGGUGGUGACGGCAACAAAUCAUCCAGAAAAGAUAGACAGGGCUAUUCUUCGGCCUGGUCGUUUGGACCAGCACAUCUUUGUAGCGUUGCCGUCCGAAGAAGAGAGGCUACAAAUUCUGCGAGUUCUAGCUAAGAAAUCUCACGUUGAUGCUAACGUCUGCUUUGAAAAAUUCGCAAAUAUGACAAAUUAUUUUACUGGUGCUGAUAUGCAGGCGUUACUUCGCAAAGCCGGUCUUUGUGCUCUUAAGCGCUCUCAAGGAAACGAAAUAUACAUAAACGAACAAGAUUUUCUGGACGCUCUUAAUGUUAUGAAAGCAUCGGUACUGGAAGAGGACCAUCAUCGUUAUACCCGGUUCGAACUAGCGGUGUGAGACAAUAAUUAUUUGUUGAUUGAUAUCUUUAGAAUAAAAAAAUAAAGCCCUUUCACAGAAAGUAACUAUGUGGUUCUAAAUUCAACAAAAAUUCAAUAAAUCGCCUGAGAGGGUGGAAAGUGGC